AUGAUCAACCCACUUUCCCUCACGGCAGUGCUCGCACUUGUCUCCCUCGUCCAGGCCCAGUGUGGCUCUGGCACACCGCAUGCCAAAGUGACUGGCUCAGGCUCUUCUUUCACCGCCACCAGAGGGUCAAGCUCGGUGUACUCGGGCUCUGACUACCGCGCCGCCAUCCAGGCCGCGCUCGACUCCAUUAGCAGCGGCCAACGAGUCUCUGUGAUGGCUUCCGGCUCCAUCGGUGCCAACACCCUCACCAUCACCAGCGGCAAGAUCUUCGAAGGCUGUGGUACCAUCGACGUUGCCCUGAGGAGCGGACGCGGUGCCAUCGAAUCCACAGACACUGCGGGAGUUCAAAUUCCGUACCUCACCAUGACUGGCAACCCGUAUUUCGGCUUGCGAUUCUCUGGCACUCAAAACCUGGUCUUGGGCAAGAUCACCAUGAACCUAAGCGGCGGCCUGGGUAUUCGAUUCGACCGUGACAGAGCCGCAAACUCCAACGUCAAAAUGGACGUCAUCACCGUUACCGGAGCGGGCAGCCACGCCGUUGAGACCUGGAACAUUAACGGUCUCGAAAUUAACCAGGUUAUCGCUAGAAAUGUCGGCGAGUCUGGUUUGCUUCUCCAGAACACCAGAGAUGCGCGGGUUGGGCUUGUCGAUGGUAACAACGUUGGCGCAGGAACUGGAUACGGAACUUUGCGUUUUGCCAACAAGAAUGGCGACCGUGGCAAUGGAAACUACCAGACCAAUGUUUAUAUCGACAAGGUUGUCUCUCGUGGCGGCGGUCGUGGUGUUUUCUGCGUCUCGGAAUCCGGAGGCGCAGAGAUCAAGAGUGUCGACCUCGCAAGCAACGGUAACAACGCCAUUCUUAUUGAGAACUGCUACAACGUUUCUAUUCUCGGCGGUACCGUCAACGGAGGAGGAGAGGUUCGUCUCGCAGCUCGCACCGAAUUUGCGAAUAACCGCGAUAUCUCGAUCACCUUGAGAGUGGAUAACAACACCGUUCGGGAGUCCCCAUGCGGCGAAAACACUACAUGGAAGCUCACUGGCAAUGCCAAGCAAAGCAUUUGCUGA